CUCACUCGUCGUCUUCCUCCUCCCUCCGAUAGCUCAGCUCGCUCAUGCUCAGACCAUCUAUUCAGACUUUCCGUCGCGGAGCAAUGUCCUCGCCUACGCUGAAGGACCUCCUCAGGAUGGGUCUUCGAAUCACACAAAGCGUCAUGAGGAUUUAGAUGUGAUGGCGUACGUCACGCCGUGGAACCAGGAAGGCUACACACUGGCAGAAGCAUACAGAGGAAGACUAUAUUCUGUAUCUCCUGUAUGGUACACGAUCACGCCGUCCGGCGAUGACGUGACCAAGUACUCUGUUCUAGGCGGCCCUCCUCGCAGCAGCGAUGCGGAGUGGUACCUCCGCUUGUCGCAGCCAGCAGUAGACAAAGGUACCGGCCGGACUCUCCCCCCUGUCAAGAUUCUACCUCGCUUCCGAUUCGAGGGUUGGCAGGCACAAGAUUACAAGACGCUUCUUAGCGCAGCCAUCGAAGGCAUCGCUCUGACGGAGAAUAUUAUGAUGGAGGUCAUGACGAGAAAGUACGACGGGGUGGUGAUCGAGACUGGAGCCAUGUGGGCACUCAGGGAACCCAUCAAAGUGCUGGCAGACAGGCUGCAUGGAGAAGGCAAACAGAUUGUAGUGGUCAUGCCAGCUUUGCGAAACGAAGCUAUCACCAGUGAGACGGAUGCUCUGAUCAAAAGUGGUGUCAAGGACUUGGCGCCUUUCGUGGACAAGAUUCAGAUCAUGACGUACGACUACACUGGUUCUCAGGGCACUUACUUCGAUCCGAGUACAAUGACUCUGCCUGCCGAUAGCAUACUUAGGACGGAUGGUAUCCGCCUACCCGGACCCAACACGCCCUUCUCUUACUUGCGGAACAACAUGGAGGCAUUCCUUGGAUCUUCUAAAGCACAAGCCGCUUUUUCAGAUCCCCUCGGCCAAUUCGGUGUCUUUGACGACCUUGGAGAAGCAGCCUACAACGACACGGAUCGAGUGCCUGCAGACAAGCUGAUGAUGGGCGUGGCCAUGUAUGGCUAUACGUAUCCACUGGCUCACGUCUUGGCAUCUGGCAACACACAGGCCGUCAGCCCUCCCACGUCACCUACGGCUGCCAAGGACAACUCCACGGAGGAGCAAGAGAAGUACCGCCUCAGAGCAGAUCAACGGGAGGCCGUCCAUGCUCUUGAUGCAGCGAGAAUCCUCGCGGCAGUCGGAGAUCCAGUGACGAUCCGUGAGAUCCGCGAGGUCUUCACAGCAGGCAAGGCACUGGUCAGGAAGGACGCCUCGAGCGGCGAGGCCUACUUUGACUAUCUCAAGCUCAAAGAGGAUGGAUCUGUGCAUACGCGGGAGGAUGGCAGCACAGCUCCGGUGGCAUGGUAUCGACGAGCGUACUGGCCUACGCCGACUACAAUCAAGGAGAGGAUCGAGGUGGUAGAGGAGCACGGCGUGAAGUCGGUUGCGCUGUGGGACAUUGGCCAAGGCGGUGCCUGGUUGCUGCACUCGUUGUGAAGACGAUCUGACGUCAGUCAAUUGUAUUUUGUCAGCUUGCCAUGCCGUUUGCCCCGACGAAAUCCAUCGUUGAACAACGCAGGCUAGCUCUCCUCGGCUCUGCUCAGGGCACGUUGUCCGAUUGUAGAU